AAGCGUGUAAAACUAAAAGCGGGGAAACCCGCCUUGUUCAGCGCUAGACGUUGUAGAACACGCAAAACCUUAAUCAAGAUUCAACACGACCUACAAUUUCCCUACAAAACUAGCAACGUUUUCGAUUAACAUAAAUUCCCGCAAUUACUCUUCUAAGAUUUCAUUUAUCGAUGUGGGUACAAGUAACACGGUGCCUGAAGAUAUUUAUGUCGUUACACACUUGAAUGUAAGUUGUUAUUUACGUUUAGCAAUUAGAGCUUCACUUUUGUUGAAUAUCCGAUGCUAUAACUUUUGUAUUAACCAACUGAUAUAAUCUAAUUAAACUAAUUCUUGUUUUUUUUUUACAAAAUGUAGUAACGCUUUUAUUUUAACAAACACACAGCACCAAUUUUUGUUUGUCCGUAUCAGAAAAGGCAGAUUUUUGUGAUGUCCUGGCUUACUUACCAAAUUAGUAAAAUAUUUUAACAAGACAUAUGCCUACUGGCAGUGUUUCUUUCAGAAAUUUUCGCCCGGGGGAGCACUUCAGAUUUUCGGGGGGGGGAGUGCCAGCAGUUCCAGUUGAUUUAUUGUUUGACAUAUUUUUGCUCCGGGGGGGCACUUGGUUUUCCCCGGAGUGGGGGCACUGCCCCCAGGAGAUAUAGCUGAAAGAAACCCUGCCUACAGGAUGAAGAAGAUAUUGCAGAUUAAUAUUUUUUUCUUUGAUGGAAUAAAUUGAUGAUUACAAGAAGAAUCCUUUAUUAUUCUAAGCUUUUGUCUCCAACAAAAAAAUCCAAUUUCAAGAAUUCUUAGUUAUAAAUAGAUUGUUCUAAUUAAUUGGUGGGGACGACACUAAAGUUAAUGUUCUUCCCAUCCACAUUGUGUCGUAAGUUAUGACAGAUUCAUGAUCUAAUAUUACAUUUUUUAAAAUAUAUAAACACUGAAAGGCGACCACUGGUCGUGGCUCUUUUAUUUAAGCCAGGGUUUCUCAACGUGGAGCAUGUGACUCACAGGGAUCAACAAAGUCUUAGGGGGGCUAUGCAGAUGACAACUUUGAAAAAAAAUGACUUAUAGGUAGAUAAAAGUAUCAUUAAAGGUUGUUACGGAGCUACACGCAUUUAAAAAAAGAUAUGUCCACUGACAAAAACAGUUGACAUACGCUGUUGGCCACAUAAAGCUCUUACACAUUUAAUACAAACAACAAUGUGUCUGUGUGUUGGAGAAGAAAAGGGUGGAAAAGAGGGGAGUAGCUAUUUUCGUAUAGCUUUCCAUGGAUAUCAGUGUAGAGUUUAGAGUUAAAUGGGUUAGUAUUUUUUUCAAGGACUAAGAUUCACUUUUUUGUUAGAUGAAGCAAGUCGCUGUGUUUAGCUGAAGCUUUAAAAAUGAGGUAACUAUAGAGUGUUAGCGACUAAUGAGAAACUGUCGUGACAGAAACUAUGAUAAAAGGGUUAUCAUUUCAUCUGAUUCACACUAAGUCAACUAACACACGAUGCGUGCCUGCCAACGCCUGGUGUGUGGGUCACGAUGUGCUGCACGUAGGUCACAGCACGCGAUACACUGACAAGUUAGAAAAUAACACACACAACUCAAGAAUGCAGUAAAUCAUGCCGAUGUCAAGGAUUCGCAAAGAGAUUGUAUCGAGGUUUAGUGAAUCGGAAUCUAGGCCUACAUUUCACGCAUACACAUCAAAAACUUGCUUAUCAACAUUGCUUCGCUUCUUAUUGAAGUAACACAACAUAGUGUUGUGUGCUGUGGAUACUCAAAGUAUCAUUCUAGGUAUUUGGUACACAGCUGUGACAUUAGGGCAGGAUUAGUUGUCCAUUGACAGUUGAAUGCAAUGCUUGGGAUAGAAACUUUUAUUUUGUAUCUGUUAAUCCAUAAUUCCUAAUCAGGCAGAAAAUUUAAAUAAAAAUUUAAACAUUAUUGGUCCACUUCUUAACGUGAUGAUUAUAAUAAUAAUAAUAAUAAUAAUAAUAAUAAGUGGUCUUAUAUAGCGCGGUACCCCAGCCUAGGGCUGGGCUCACCGCGCUGUCAAUAUUUAAAGAAAUAUUCGAAUGUUAUAUAAAAAUAUUAAAUUUGGAUUAAAUGCAAUUCUUUAGAAGGACCUUUUUCUUUUUGCACUUAAGCCACAUUUUUAAAAGGUAUUUUAAUAUAUGAAUUUAUUUGUUCAUUUUUCAGGUUGUAGAACACUUCUAAAAUGAGUCACGACAUGCAAAGUGCAAGUGAUAUUGACCUUUUAAUGAUUGGUAAGACUGGCAAUGGCAAGAGUGCACUUGGGAACUCGAUCUUAAGACGCAAAGCCUUCGUCAGUAAAUCUAGCUCCUCGUCUGUCACAAAAGACGUUGCUUACGAGUUCGGUGAGCACAACGGACGCAAGAUCAAGGUUGUUGACGGACCUGGGGUUGGUGACACUCGUAUGGACAAUGAGAAGGCCAUAAGCCUCGUGAUGGGGGCCAUGCAGUACGCCAUAUCAGCGAACCCAAGGGGUUAUCACGCCUUUCUCCUGGUCGUUAAAUUCGGUGGGAGGUUCACCGCAGAAGACCAGGAUACCAUCGGGUUCUUAAAGAAAAUUUUCGGCGAAAGCUUUAUCAAGAGUUAUUGCAUCCUUGUCAUGACGUGUGGGGACAAUUUUGAAAGCGAAAGUCAAGAAUCGGGACAGAACUUUAAGCAGUGGUGUGAUGAGCAGGACGGAGUCUUUCAGGAACUUUUACGAGAAUGUAACAACAGGGUGAUUUUGUUUGAUAACAGGACCCAAGAUGAGGCCAAGAAAGCUAAACAAAUUUCCGAGCUCAUCCAAAUGGUCGAUCAUUUGAGCUCUAGCGGGCACCGCUACAAUGACGAUAAUUUCGAGAAAGCCAAAGCUGUACGGGACAAGCUGAUUAUCGAAGCCAAAAAGCCAAUGAUAAAAGAAGAUACCAUGCAAGAAACUAGUCUCAUUUUAUACCAGCUGCAAGUCGUUCAAAACACAAUCGAGCCCGAAGACAGGAUUGUGUCUCUAGAUGAGCUGUUCAUCAGGGCCGAGCUACUGUAUGAAACCAUCUGGGAAAAGGAUAAUGGAACCGGGGCUCUCCAUGAUCUUGUUGAAACGGUUAAGUCUAUUCAAAACACGAUCGUCGAUGAAAUCAAAUUCUCUCAGCGAAUAACAGCAGAGAAGGAGAAGAUGAGAAAACAAGAAGCGGAGAGGGAGAGAAAGUACAAGGAGGAACUGAAGCGACAGAGGGAAGAAUAUGAACUGCGCAUCAAACAGGAGAGAAUGGAGGACGAACGGAGGAAGGAGCUGCAAAGACAGCAAGAGAAGCAAAUGAGAGAACUGCAGGAGCGAAGAAGAAAAGAGAGGGAAGAGGAAGAACGGCAACUGUACAAGGAGAUGGAAAGAGAGAGGGAGAAACAGAGAAAAGAAGUAGAGGAGCUUGAGAGAAGAUACAAGGCUGCUAAAGCCGAGAACGACGAAGGAAUCUUCACAAAGGUCGUCAAGGCGGUCACGUGGCCUUUUCGAAAGCUUUUUGGUCUUGAUUAGGAGGGAGGCAAAAGAAUACCCGGAGACGUGAGCUAGAGGUAGACACGCAAAAUAUGGAAUACACUGGAGACAACUGGAAACGAAAGCACAGGAUCGUGAUGAGGAGAAAAUUCUUGUGGACGACCCAUUCCCCAGACGGGGUAAAAAGGCAUAAGAAGAAGAAGAAGAUUUGCUAUUUAAACAUUCCUAGCUCUAUCAAGUGUAUUCCUGAAAUAACUGGGUCUCGUAUUUGAGCGAAGGUUUAAUUUUGACAGUAAAUUAAUAUUUACAUAACAUGAACAAAUUUUUGUUCUAAUAAUAAACAUGAAUUUACACAUUCUAUUUGUAUCAUUUAAAAAAAAAUAAUGUUUACGCUAAUAUAAUUAAUUAAUUUGGGUGUUGUCAGUUUAUUUUUUAUCAUGAGAAGUGUUGACAUGUCCCCUCGCCAUUCCACCAGCAAACUCUUUGCGUUUUUUUUUUCAAAUAAAAAUUCCUGGCUUAUCUAUGCUAAAUGCAUUCAAUGGUUACAGUUUCUUUUGUAUUUCAUCAAAUGUAUUUUUUAUGUCCCUUUUGUUAAUUCUGAAAUAUUUUAAUGCCUAGAUGACAAAGUGCGACUAAGUUGAGCAUGAUAUUUCUAAGUUGAGCAUAAUGUUUCUGGCUUGUGUGUUCUAUGUAGGCUUGGAAUGCUGCCCUCUGUCAUAUAAACUAUCUGGUCUGUGGUCGUUGUGAAAAAAAUAAGUAUGAAACAAAUAAAGGAGUGUUUUAUCUGAAAACCUUAAUAAAAAGCAACAAAAAAAUGUGAACAAUGAUAACUUAGUAUUAAAGUCUUGAGAAGAAGUGAUUAAAAUCAAACCACGGAGCGUUAUGACGAAAAAAUGUGUUUGUUUGAUUUUUCGUUUGAUUGUCUGGUGGUCCUUAUUCAGGCC